AUGCUCUCACCUUACGGCGUGCUGGGUCUGGCGCCUGGGUGCAGCGAGGAGCAGCUGCGGGCGGCGUACAAGCGGAAGGUGCUCGAGACGCACCCGGACAAGGGCGGCUCAGUGGACAGCUUCCGCAAGGUGCAAACCGCCUAUGAGGCGCUGGUCAAGGACCUGCCCAAGCUCAACGCGGCGGCGAGCUUCACGCCGGCGAGCUUCACGCCGCCGAAGACGAGCUUCCCCUUUGCUAGGACCUUUGAUGACAUUUUCGCGAAUUUCGCACAUCCCCCGGCGCCGGAUCCAGCCCCAAUGGCCGCCAAAGAGUUUGGCCGGAAGAGGAGGCGCACCAUGGAGGAGACCAUUGAGAUGGCCUUUGCGAGCAUCCCCAAGGUGAUGCGGCCGCCCAACUUGGCGCGUUCCGCGCCCAGCUCGGCGCGCUCCUCCGUGCCGGCCCCGAAGCCGCGGCCGAAGGCCAAGGCGAAGACGGUGGGCGAGCAGCUCGGCAUGAAGAGGCGCCUGGGUGUAAAGACGCCUUUGCUUUCCCUGCGCCAAUGGAAUUUGCAGCAGAAAAAUCGCUGGGGAGCCAGCAGUCGCCUUGCCUUCGGCUGCCACGAAACCUUGUGCUAA